AUGGCCAGCGAAACACCAAGAGUCGACCCCACCGAAAUAUCCAACGUCAAUGCCCCCGUAUUUAGAAUAAUAGCGCAAAUCAAGUCACAACCCACUGAGUCUCAACUGAUCUUGCAAUCGCCAACCAAAUCAUCGAAAAACGACAGCGAGAUUGAAAUGAUCACCUUAAAUAAUAUCCGUGUAUCUAUGAAUAAAACAUUCGAGAUAGAUUCGUGGUAUGAAUUUGUUUGCAGGAACAAUGAUGACGGCGAACUAGGGUUUUUGAUUCUAGACGCUGUACUAUGCAAAUUCAAGGAGAACGAAGAUUUAAGCUUAAACGGUGUGGUCGCUUUACAAAGACUUUGUAAGAAAUACCCGGAAAUAUACUAG